AUGGGUCCACCUUCUCAAUCGGGCCCUGAGUUGACUAGCGAACUUCAGAACAAAAUCCGAGAUUUUGGAUAUUCUAACCAUGACAUUCACAACUCCGGGAGUUUAUUGCGGACUACAGAUUUGUAUAGUAGCCAGGAAUCUACUUUUGUCGGCUCCCCCACUGAAACCCGGCCUAUAUUUCAAGGCGAUGCAAAUCGUAAAUAUAAGGAGUUUGUCCGUCGGCUACCUUCGUGGGUCUGCAUCGAUACAUUGGUACAUACGUUCUUUUCCAACAUCAAUUGGCAGUACGAUCUGCUUGAUGAGGAACACUUUAGGGAGCAACUAUCCGCAUGGGGAAAGCUUUCAUACUCUGACCUUCAAGAGGGAUUUGGAAUUUUGCAAUUAGGAACCCUUGUGUUUCCAGCGCUGCUGUUUCAAGUGCUCGCACAGGCGCUUCUUUUCCACCCUCCCGCUGAUGAGAAGAUCAAUUCGCUCAUGACGAUGGCCGACAUGACCUUCCAGGAUCUUGGGUCUGAAUACAGUGAUAUUGGCGCUGACCUACUUAUUCUCUUGGGAAAAACGAAUAUUACAAUAGACAUAGUGCAAGCAGGUUUGCUACGCGCGUCAUUUUUGAAAAGCAGUGGCACGGUUGUUGAAGCCUGGCAUGCACUUGGAGCAGCUAUCCGUGACGCACAGGAAAUUGGCCUACACAAGGGAAGAAUUGUAUCCCAUCAUUCUGCAGGAGAAACGAAGAGUGAGAAACAAAGAAGCAGUUUCGUUGGGCACAAAGUAUGGACGAUCUUGCAUAUCUGGGACGUCCACAUGGCUGUCGUCCUGGGCCGACCGAUUGCCACCGAUCUUCAAAUAGAUCAAUUCGCUAGCACUAUCCAAGACAAGGGAAGCCGACAAGAAAUAUUCUCUCAUUGGCAGACCGAAAUCGACCCCCCUCGACCAUUUGAUAUUAUUCUUGCCGGUUAUAAUGUGGCUUAUCGAUAUUUCAAGGAUAUUCACCAAAUAGAAAACAACGGAGCUCACACCCAAGACUACUCCGUAGUCGAACACAUCCACAGCGCGAUCAAGAAAAAUUUAGAAUCCCUACCAUCUUGGUGCCGUCUGGAAAACCCAGACACGAAAUUUGAUCGACUGCACGGGUGUCAAUGGCUUCCUGCUGCCCGAGAAGGACUAUCAUCACUUAUACACCUUGUUCUUCUCACCCUUCAUCGACCCUUUAUCUUCUUCGUUGCCAACAGUCGCACGGAAGCUCUUAAAGCCGGGAUAUCAAUUCUUCGUGCGCAAGAACGAUUGUUCGAGCAGUCAGAGCCGCACCAACAUAAGGUGUUUAAUUCCGUCUACGCUUCUUUUGAUGCAAUUGUGCUCAUCGCAGCAUUGUGUCUUGUCUUCCCUAAUAAUCAUUACGAACUACGAGCAGAGUGUAUUGAUGUCAUUGAAAAUGGGAUGCGAAGGCUGGGCAUAAUUGGUCAAUUCAACUCCAUGGCAUCAUCAGCACAUGGUGUUGUCUACAGUUUGUACCAUCGCUUAAGACAUCAGCCCGGAAUUCCCGGAAGCAUCGAGGACGCGACAGCCGUUCCCAGUAACUCAAAGUGGACAACGCCUAACAGCGAUAUGCUUACCUCUAAUGGGGAACAGUCAGAACUUGCUCUUGAUGUCAUUCUACCUCCACGUCCAACCCAUGAUCUCUUCUUUGAUCACGUUUCUAGUACACAAAUUCCUUUCGUGGAUACUUCUGACGGGAUUCUUGUGGACCCGCUUACUGCAAAUAUUACAGAGAAUUGGGAUUUUGAAGGCGCAUUUUCAGAUUCUAGUUUUUGGAGUUUUAUGAACGAUUUCAAUCAUUGA